AUGGCACACGCUUCCAGCUACAGUUUUAUUCUGAGCAUUAGUGAAGAGGAAGCCAGGGUGAAGGCUUUGAACGAGUACCUGAGCACUCGUAGUUAUAUCCAGGGGUUCACAUUUUCACAUGCAGAUGUGGAGGUAUUCAAAAAGUUUUCGGGGCCACCUGUGGACCAGUAUAUCCAUGUUGUCCGGUGGUACAGACACAUAGAAGCAAUCUAUGAUGGCAGCAGUGAAAAAAAUGAGCCUUGUAAACUUCAAACAAGUAAAGGCAAGCGUGUGCAGCCCUCCUGGUCUCCUCCUGAAGGGACAAAACAUUCUAGGCUCUGCCUCUACAACAGCCUGACUCGCAAUAAGGAAAUAUUUCAGCCUCAGAAUGGAAAAAAGGUCUUGUGGUAUUGCUGUGGUCCGACAGUUUAUGAUGCUUCUCACAUGGGACAUGCCAGGUCAUACAUCUCAUUUGAUAUCCUGAGAAGAAUCUUGAGGGAUUAUUUUAAAUAUGACAUUUUCUAUUGUAUGAAUGUUACAGAUAUUGAUGAUAAGAUCAUCAAGAGAGCAAGACAAAAUUACCUUUUUGAACGAUAUAGAGAGAACCAAUCCUCACCAGCUCAGCUACUUGAAGAUGUUAAAACUGCCUCAGAGCUCUUUUCAGUUAAAUUAAAUGAGACAACAGACCCAGAUAAAAAGCGAAUGUUGGAAAGAAUUCAAAAUGCAGUGAAGUCUGCUUUUGACCCUCUACAAGAAGCUGUGCAAGUGAAACUCCCUGCAGAAGAGAUCAACAGAUGUCAUGAGAUAUUGUUGGAAGAAGCCAAAGAUUUGCUGUCUGACUGGUUGGACACAAAAUUUGGCAGUCAGGUGACUGACAAUUCCAUAUUCUCAACGCUUCCGAAAUUCUGGGAGGGGGAAUUUCAUAAAGAUAUGGAAGCGCUCAACGUUUUACCUCCAGAUGUUUUAACACGGGUUAGUGAAUAUGUGCCAGAAAUUGUGGAUUUUGUGAAAAAGAUUGUGGAUAAUGGUUAUGGGUAUGUGUCCAAUGGAUCUGUAUACUUUGAUACUAUGAAGUUUGAUUCCAGUAAAAAACACUCCUAUGCUAAGUUGGUUCCUGAAGCUGUAGGUGAUCAAAAAGCUCUGCAAGAGGGUGAAGGGGACCUGAGCAUCUCAGCUGAUCGCUUAAGUGAGAAGCAUUCUCCAAAUGAUUUUGCUUUGUGGAAAUCCUCCAAGCCAGGAGAGCCCUCAUGGGACUCUCCAUGGGGAAAGGGUCGUCCAGGUUGGCACAUUGAAUGUUCUGCAAUGGCUGGAUCCAUUCUAGGAGAGUCGAUGGAUAUUCAUGGAGGAGGGUUUGAUCUCCGAUUUCCCCACCAUGACAACGAACUGGCACAGUCUGAGGCUUACUUUGAAAACGAUCACUGGGUUCGGUAUUUUCUGCAUACUGGCCACUUAACAAUUGCUGGCUGUAAAAUGUCCAAAUCUUUGAAGAAUUUCAUUACCAUAAAAGAUGCACUGAAGAAACAUACAGCACGACAGUUACGGUUGGCUUUCCUCAUGCACUCUUGGAAGGAUACACUGGAUUAUUCAAAUAAUACCAUGGAGUCAGCUAUUCAGUAUGAGAAGUUUAUGAAUGAGUUCUUUUUAAAUGUGAAGGAUAUUCUUCGAGCUCCCGCUGAUGUGACAGGCCAGUUUCAGAAAUGGGAAAAUCAGGAAGCAGAGCUCAACAAAAAUUUUUACGACAAGAAGGCAGCAAUUCAUGAAGCGCUGUGUGACAAUAUUGACACUCGCUCUGUCUUAGAAGAAAUGCGUUCGUUAGUCAGUCAGAGUAACUCCUAUAUUGCUGCAAAGAAAUCUUCCAGACAAAUGCCAAACAGACUUCUUUUAGAAAACAUCAGUUCCUAUCUCACUCAAAUGCUAAAGAUUUUUGGUGCCAUAGGAAGUGAUGAUGCAAUUGGUUUUCCUGUUGGAGGGAAUACUCAAAACAUAAAUAUUGAGUCUACAGUGAUGCCAUACCUACAAGUUCUUUCUGAGUUCAGAGAAGAGGUGCGACAAAUUGCCAGAGAGAAGAAAGUAACUGAAGUGCUGCAGUUGAGCGAUGCUCUUCGAGAUGACAUCCUUCCUGAACUUGGUGUUCGAUUUGAAGAUCAUGAAGGACUUCCAACUGUGGUUAAAUUAGUGGAUAAGGACACGUUAUUGAAAGAAAGGGAAGAAAAGAAAAAGAUUGAAGAAGAGAAGAAAAGGAAGAAACAAGAAGCAGCCAGGAAAAAACAAGAGCAGGAAGCAGCAAAACUGGCAAAAAUGAAGAUUCCACCACAUGAAAUGUUUAAAUCAGAACAUGACAAAUAUUCCGUGUUUGAUGAAAACGGAUUUCCUACCCAUGAUACAGAAGGAAAAGAACUCAGCAAAGGACAAAUUAAGAAGCUAAAGAAGCUUUAUGAAACCCAAGAAAAGCUAUACAAGGAGUAUCUACAAAUGGUUCAGAAUGGAAGUGCAAAUUAAAAACAACAGGACUGGUUUUUUUUUCAGAAGGCGAGUGCUGGAUCACCACUGAAGAAGUGAGCAUAUACUGAUGCUCAGGUUUCUGUUUACACUUUCUAUUAUGAGCAAAAUAAAAAUCCUGUUUACAUGGAUUAAUGAUGUCAUCUGGAAAGUCAAUAAAAAUCCAUCUUAAAAAAAAAGCCAACCUGUAAGAAGUUUCUUCACAACAACAGUAGCAGGUUGAAUGGCUGCCAGUUCUAUUUGGGAAGGUGCUGCUCAGUCAGCAAAUCCACAUAAGGAUUCUUGUUUAUUAUAGCUGUCCAGGCUUUGGUUAAUUUGUCCUGCAUACUGAUCUCUAUCUAAAACCCACUGUAGCUUGCAUUCCGGACUGUCACAGUCAGCAUAAUUUACUACUAAAUGGGAGCUGAGUAAUUUGUCCCACAGUAGGAACAGUAUUUUCCAGAUGACUUUAGUGUCUUUCCAUAAGCAGGAAAAACUGGGUAGUUCCACUAUGAUACUUACUUUAGCUGCUGUUAUUAAAAACUUUUAAGUAUACCCAGAACACUUUGCACAGCAGAAGCUAACAGUCCCUUUGUUGCAAAAGGGAACAGGUCAUCAUCAUCUCUGCUCAACCUGUGGUUGCAAUCAAGUAGGUAAGUACAAGGCAAAU